GGUCGUCCAGAUCAAUAUGCCUACAACUCCCCUUUCUAUGACGCUUGGGGUGAAGCGUAUUCCACCGCAGGACGUAGUAACACAAGACGUCUUCCGGCACUGGCCUACUACAACGAAGACCCGUACAGACGGACACCAGCUUCCUUGUUCAUUCCGUCCAAUGCCUCUACAGAUAGUUACGACGAAGUCUGGGAAAGAUCUAAGAAGGGGAAGACGAAAAGGCGCUCUUGUAGCGGAAGAAUGGUUGUCCUGAUAUUUUUUGUGGCCCUGGUACUCAUAGGUGUGACAGCUGCUGCAAUUGUGUUUGCAACUCAAAGUGAUAUCCCAUAUACAGGAUCGGUGUCCCCCCUCACCUUGACCGGGGAAAUCACCUUGACCAAUGUGGUCUUUACUGCGGCACACAACGACCCCUCAUCGACCACCUACAGAGCGCUGGCCACCCAGAUUUGUAACGGGGUUGCAGAAAUUUACAAGGCCAGUGUGAUGGCGAACAUAUAUAGGAGUUGUACUGUGGACAGAUUUAGGGCGGGCAGUGUGACAGCAGAGUUAACCGUAGGGUUUGAUUCCACAAAGAUUCGGAAUCCUGGAAUUAGUAAAACCCAGGCUGCAACUAUUCUACACAAAGCUUUUGUCUACGAUAACUUCGCUUUCUCUGGACUCCAGAUAGACAAGGGGAAAUUGAAAUUUGAAGUCCCUCCGGAAACAACUACAACAUCUACUGCCACCCCAACUCCAACCACAACUACCACCACAACAACAACCACAACUACCACCACAGCAACUACAGCAACAACGCCUACUACAAGUACUGCAGCUACUACGACAUCCGCGCCAACCACAGCAACUACACCUACUACAACUACUACACCCACUACAAGUACUACAGGUACUACAUCCACGAAUCAACCACCAACACUGAGUACCACAGUAGACACCACGUCAAGUGCCGUUAGUACUGCAGAACCUACAACUGCAGAAUCUGCAACAACUGAUGUGACAACAACUGAGCUUCCACUUACCACAGAGGCACCUGAGCCAGAACAAG